CCCAUUUCAUUCUCUCUCUCUCUCUCUCUCUCUCUCUCUCUCUCUCUCUCUUCAGCUCCCCUCAUCACUUCAAUUGAAUUCCCAACUUUCUUUCUCUGCUUUCUUUCUGUCUCUGUCCCUGUUUCUAAGAAAACAAGCAACAUGGCUGAGGCUGCAGAGCUACACUAUCAACCCAAACCAACCAACACCACAAACCCAACAAGUUCUAGCAACAACCCAACAACACGCUUAAAGCUUUUUGGCUUCAAUGUCCAAGACGACGAUUUAGAAUCUUCCGUACUCGACUCCACCAAGACUUCCACCCCAUCUGGUUCACCGGAAUCCGGCGGUUUUUCCACCACCGGCGACCGUAAAUACGAGUGCCAGUACUGCUGCCGAGAAUUCGCCAACUCCCAAGCCCUCGGCGGCCACCAGAACGCGCACAAGAAAGAGCGCCAGCAGCUCAAGCGAGCUCAGCUCCAAGCCAGCCGAAACGCCGCGGUUUCAUACGCCCGAAACCCCAUCAUCUCCGCCUUCGCGCCGCCGCCUCACCUACUGGCCCCGGCCGGGUCGGUGAUGGUCCCGGCGGCCGCUCCGGCCAGCCCGUCCUGGGUCUACGUCCCGCGCGCGGCCACUCCGUUCCACGUGUCGCAUGGAUGCGUGUUUCCCGCGGCAGCCAAUCACGGAAGGGGUGCAGGGAGUUAUUCGUAUGGGGGCAGUGUAGCGGAUUCGACAUUGACGUCAUCAAUGGGGCCCCAUCAUCAGGUACUUCAACAAGGCCGGGCCCACGGAAGAGCGGAUGGGCCAUCGUUGAGUAGGUUUACUAAAGGAGAUGGUGGGCCCAGUUUUGAUGAUGCAUUGGGCUUGGACUUGCAUCUUAGCCUUUGACUCGGUUAAGCAAGGCUCGGCUUGGCUCGGCUUGAAAAACGACAUGGUGUGUGGUGGCCUUUAUAAUAUGUUGCUCAGAUCAUGAGGUGGAGGUGGGAAGCUAAUGUUUAUUUUGGUAGUGGGACCUUUGUACAUUUUCAAAUUUUAUUUAAUUUAUUUAAUUUUUAAGAAAGUAAUUUCAGGGGCAUAUAUAUACAUUGCUCUCAUUCUAUUUCUGGUUUUUUUGUUUUUAAAUCUCAGUAGGUCCAAUUAUGUCUGUAUAUACGAGUAGGUAGAAACUCGGAAUCCCACUAACAAGUUAGAAUGAUGGAAGUGGGACCUCCAAAUUUGUUGACUCUUGAGUUGUCGACAAACACAUAAGGAGUUUAAUGCGCGUACCUAAUUAGCUCGA